CUGGUUGUUGAGUGAGAACUACUAUAACCAUUGCGAUCAACCUCACUCUCUCGCACGUAUCUCGUGGAGUACGAUUUUGUACACAGGAGUGCUGUAGUUUUGAGUGUAGCCAUUACGUGUCCUCCCGCUCCCCAGCAUAAGAAAUAUAUAUAGUCAUUUACGUAAUGUGCGUGGAAUCAGUUUUAGACUGAGUUGUAGCGCUACUUGACCAAAUAAUGAUGACUGCCAAGGUGCAAUCGCUUGCCUCUCGAUCCGCGGGUUUCUUGAGACGCAAUACGUUGCCACCGUCGUUCAACGUUGGAGCAGGGCGAUCCGUAACAAGUCGAUCCGCUUUUUGCGUUCCAUCACUGCAGCGGGGCUUUCGAGCAUCACAAACGUGCAGCACCGAGACCUUCUUGACAAGGAGGAAAUUUUCCUCUUGUGGUAUGAUGAAGAUGCUCCCAGACAGGUUCGACGACUUCUGGCGGUGGACGACGCGAGACCAUGAGGAACACAAGCGAUGGUCACGGGGGUGGUUCUUGGAUGCGUUGAUAAAGUGCACCGUGUUUGCGGUACUGAUUGUUAAGACUGUACUCGGUGUAAGUACGGAUGAUUAUCGUGGUCUGACAUUCAGAAAAUGCACUAUUAUAAAUGAGCUAGUAUGUUAACGAUCGAUAUAAUCGAGCGCCAAGUACAACUAGCUUGUCUUUAUGUGUCUCUAUGUUGGAUGAAGAUGAAGUACCUUUAUUGAUUUGAAAAUCGCAAUCGAUUUCUCUUUUUGCAGAUAACCGGCACGACAUCCGUCACUUUGGUACGACCAGCGCUUGCAAAGUGUGGAGUUCAAGGAAGCUUGAAGGAUGGACCAAAUUCCUACCGAGUUCUUUCUCUCACCGUGGUCUCGCCGAUAUACACUUAUGACGAAGUCGUGUUAGACAAAAAUUACUGAAUGCUUCCGGUAUUUGGUAACCUGAAUUCGAUCAUAAGGGAAAAUCAGAAGAGAACCCGUGUGAUCGAAUUCAAGUUACCAAAUACCGGACCCAUACACAUACACGCACGGAUCUUCGAGAUCAGCAGCACCCCACUAGAAGGAGGACUCAGAAUAUAUGAAGUAGAAGGUUCAGACCACCUCUUGAGCACUUUAGUAGACUGACGCCCCAUUCUAACCUCCCGUAAUUCUCCUCACGAUCGGCACACUUGCCCACUUUAGUAGACGCCCCAUUCUAACCUCCCGUAAUCCUCCUCACGAUCGGCACAGUUGCUGGGCGACACAACUUCUUCGCCAACGUAGCGCAGCGAAUGUGGCGACGCUUCCUGCCACAACGCUGGGUAGAUAAGAUGCUGUGUCCUCCGGCGACGCGGAAGAAGUAGAAGAUGUAGCAAGAGGGUUUGUGAUUUUUAUAAAUAUGUAUAUGACUAGAAGCAAGAAAAAACUUAAACUUACGUAGUUGGUUCUCUCUGACCUUCUUGACACACGACAGCCAUUCAGGCAAUAAAAAAGAGACUCUUGAUUUUUCAAUCAAUCAACGAUGUCGUAGUACAGCAAUGGCACAGUAACUGAAAAUAAGACUUGUCCUCACAAAAGAAAGAACGGAGCGGAGUGAG